UUCUCUUUUUCGCAUGGCGAUUCUCUUCGUCUCCCACAAAUCUCCCCGCAAAACGCCUCCGAUGAAAAGGCUUGAACUUCAAUGUUCUCCCUUAAAGCCUCCAUUCAAGAUCCCUACGGCCCUUCCACAUCCCCCCUUCGCCUUAUAUCUAUCUUCCCAUUUAUACCCUUAUCUCUCUUACCUCAGAUCAUACCUUCCAAUCUCCUGCCUCAGAUCGUUAGCUCUAUACCCUAAUCAUGUCGAAAAAGAUCGCAAUCCACACCGGCGAAUCUUCUCCUCCCCUCCUCUUCCGACAAGUUUCACCCGGACCCAGCGAUUCCACCCUGCAGUUUCGGCUUCUUCAUUUCUGGGAUGCUCGCAAGAAUGUCAAAGGAGGACCAGAGAUCCUUCUUGGGAUCGAGAUGCUGAUGAUCGAUACGGAGGGUACUUUGGCUCAGGGGUUCAUCGGUCAGAACCGUCACAACCAGUACGAGAAGGAGCUCCAUCGUGGGAGCAUCUACACGCUGACAAACUGCUAUGCAUCCAACAGCAAGGUGAUGUACCAUGUUGCUGAUCAGAGGCUGGUAAUUUGCAUCUCACACGCUUCUGCCAUGUCGAAGGAUGAAGAAGACAUUGAUGGCAUUUUGAGAGAGCGCUUCAGGGUCCGGUCGUUUUCUGAAUUUGAAGCGAACUGCGAUCUUAGAGGCGAUCUUCACGAUGUUGUUGGCCACCUUAAGCUGGUUGAUGGCCAGGCUCUCCAUCAGCGUCCGGUUUUGUGCACUAAUGAUGACUCAGCUUCUCGGAAAGUGAUGGUCCAUUUGCAGCUUAAAGACGGUCCAGUGAUGAACGUCUUUUUAUGGGACGAGGCCGCUGAAAGUUUCCGCCUCAAGUUUGACGGAAGUGCAGCCACUCCAACUGUUCUAUUGGUCACAACGGUCAAUCCUAAGAGGCUCGGUGGUAAUCUCUCACACUCAAAAUACGAAUUCCUCAUCACUCACAGGCAGGAAAGCAACAGAGUUGAUCGAUGCUUAUGUUCAGGAAAAUGGUGGAGAUGCGGCUGAGAUUGAAGUUCCAUUGCCACAGUGUUUCAUUGAUGCAAUAGGCCAGACAAAGAAAUUCAGGA